AUGGCGACCAGACCACCCCUCAUGCCGCCCCAUAAUGAGACGGAACACACCAUCAGUCGCAUCACACGCGAAGGAAAACAACUCACAUAUAAAUUGAGUGUGAUGCAACAACCCGAACGUGCCAGAGCUUGUGGUGCUGGAGCCAAGUCAUCCGCCGACCGUCGCCCGGUAGACCCGCCACCCGUGGUCGAACUGCGAAUCUUCGAAUCCGAACCUGGCAAUGAGGCCCAUAAAACCGAUAUCACCUUUGCCUAUAAUGCCAAUUUCUUUUUAUAUGCGACCCUGGAGGCUGCGCGUCCCAUCGCUCACGGUCGAGUGGCUGGUCCGCCGUCGUGCCCCGUAUUAACUGGUGUGCCGGUCGCCGGUGUCGCUUACCUCGAUCGCCCCUCGCAGGCUGGUUAUUUCAUCUUCCCGGACCUGUCAGUUCGCCAUGAGGGCCGGUACCGCCUGGCCUUCCACCUAUACGAAGAGAUCAAGGAUGCGAAAGAUGCCGACAAGGACUCGGAUCUUCCCCUGCCUAAUCAAGUCGGCCGUGGUAAUGCCGGCGCCCCUCAAGCGUUCUUAAAUUUCAGACUCGACGUCAAGUCAGUGCCAUUCACUGUCUAUAGUGCGAAGAAGUUCCCUGGUCUGGCUACCAGCACAUCUCUUAGCCGUAUUAUCGCCGAGCAAGGAUGUCGUGUACGCAUUCGUCGUGAUGUUCGCAUGAGACGACGAGGUGAUAAACGCGAGGAAGAGUACGACUUUGACGAGGAGAGGGCGGCGGCGGCGGUUGUAUAUGCACGAUCGUCCGACCGAUACUCAACACCAGAUCGCUACGUCACAAACUCGGUGGAGCGCCCCCGAUCAAAUAGCAAUGGCAGCACGAUGGCCUCGCCAUACGGAUAUGGUCCCGACCUUCAACGGCGGCCGUCAGCACCCGACUAUGGUUUCCAGUGUCCCCAACCGCCCUUCCAGCGACCGAUGCCACCCGCCCCUAUGCCCCACGAUGGAACCCCCAGCUAUCAAUCACACCUCUCCUUCGGUUCGACACCAACUCAAUAUCCUGCUCCUCAUAUGCCUCCUACUCCGCCACCUAUCGCUGGUCCCGGAAUGUACUCACCUCAUACAUCUUAUGCCAAUAUUCGUGAUCCUUCCAUGACAUCUGAAUAUGAAGUAACACCCGCCGGAUAUCCCAUGGCACCGCCCAUGGUAGAACGGAACGGAGGCUAUCCAAAGAAUAAUAUGACAUCAUAUCGCAUGGAGACACCGAAAGCACCGCCAUAUGUGGAUAUGAACAUGGCAGACCCGAUGAACCCAUACUCGAUUCCCGCAAAUUUGAUGCCAAGGGCUCAAACGCCUGUCUCAACCAUCCCCUCUGUUAUGCCCCAGCCUAUGAAGACCGCACCCAGUGAUUUUGCGAACCUGCAAGGUAUGCACGGUAAUGGUAUCCAGCCGUCUAUCGAGCAUUCCACACCCGCCCCGAGCUACGACUCCGUCUCAGGGAAGCGAAUGCUCUAUCACACCGGACAGCUCGGACACCCCGGACAUGGCGGAGUCACCGGCAGCAAACGCAGCCAUGAAGAUUCUUUCGGCCUGAGAUGA